AAACACGAACCACGUGCGGGGGAGACGUUAUUCGGCCUAAAGCGUGGGAACGCUUUCACAGCAGGCUUAAGCGCACGAGCGUGGGACGCAGCGUGGGAACGGGCGCGCACAGAUGUCACCGCCGCACCGGGGUGCGGGUGGCGCUCGCGCUGGCCCGCGUCCACGCUGACCUAAAACCCGACAAAACCAACCGUCGGCAAUAAACAUCAAACAUCAGCGCCGUGAACGCGUGUCACUCGGGCCGCGGCGCGUCCCAUUUCCGUGUAGCAACACGGAACAGGACCCCGCUCCGCCGCUGUUUCUGUUCAACCGCUACAGUGCGCUCGAUAAUUAACAGCCCAGUGUGUUUGUCCGUGUCUGUGCCAGGCUGCGUGUCGAGCGACCUGUGAUGCUGAAAUGAAGAUUGAUGAAAAGGUUGUUAGUAACUAUUUCGAAGCUGGCGACUCACCUGUGGACAAGGAAGGAUACCUGUACAAGAAGGGCGGGAUCAACACCUCCUAUCAGAAGCGCUGGUGCGUGCUGAAGGGGAACCUCCUCUUCUACAAGGAGCGUCGCUCCGACCGGGACGUCAUCGGCGCCAUCGUGCUGGAGGGCUGCACCGUCCAGCUGUGCGAGUCCGAGGAGCAGUUCGCCUUCGCGCUGGUGUGGAGCGAGCCGGGCCUGCGCGCGUACAAGUUCGCCGCCGAGAGCCAGGCCUGUCAGGAGAGCUGGCUCAAAGCCCUGCAGGGGGCCAACCACAAGUACCUGGCCCUGCUGCUGACGGACAUGGAGAAGAAAUACAGAGACACGUUAAGGUCGCUCCGCAUGAUGGAACAGGCCCACGCUUUCAACGCGUCUGUUUUCAGCGCCUCGCAAAGACAACCAGGAUCUCUGCAGAGCAGGAUGUCAACGCACUCGCUCCUGGUUGUACCUGGUGGGGCGGGAGGCGACCUGAUCUCCGGUUUGACCGCUCAGCCCGCGGCCGCCUCGCCCCAGACGGCCCAUAAACGGUCCCCCAAGCUGUGGCCCAAGAGGAACGCCAACGCUGCUCCGGGGUUCAGGACGGAAUGGUUCUAUAUUCAGUCGGUCACCAUGGAUGAGUUCACCAAACUACAUGAAGAGUUUGGAAAAGAAGUGAGAGAACUGAUCACUGAGUGGUCGAGACGAGGACAAGGUGGAGCAGGCGUUCAGGAAGAAAACCUAAUCGAUUUUGGAUAAUAAAUGUGAAGCAGAGGCUGAACCUGAACUUGAAUAACCAUCCUCUCAAUAUAAAGCUUUUUAUUAAAUAUUUAUCAUAUAUAAACAUAUAGUAAGAUAUUAAAGCUGAUAUUGUUAAACCUUAUUUGUAUAUAUGUUUUUCAAGUGUGUGUUUUUUACUUAUUGAACCUUAAAGCCAAUAAAGAAGCUUUGGUCCUUA